GCACGAUGUGAAUGCGCUGCAAUGCAGGGGUGAAGACACAAUAUCAAGUAGCAUUGUGAGUGGCACGGUGAAACAAUAAAAUUAAUUAUUCGCUCUUAUCAGAGUGGUGAUAAGGAAAUCGAUAAUUUUGGUGAAAAUAGCUCGAUAGCGACGUGUUAACUCACUGCGAGUCAGUCAAUAGGCAUGUAUAUUGCGAAAAACAUCACCCAAGAAGGAGUUACCAGUGAGAAAUCCCCGUGAAAAUGUGCAAAUGAGUCCUAACCUCAAUAAGUGAUUCCCUCCUUUUUCGGAGUGCGUGCGUGUGUGUGCAGGAAAAACAGCCCGGAAAUCAGGAUGAGCUCCGCAAUGAGAGACAUUGUCAUAUUUGUGAUCUUCCUGGCCACUCUAGUGAGAUUAAUUGAGUGUCCGGACACAGUGAGACGAAGGCAGAGGGACACUGGUCAGAAAGUGAUCCCGGAAGCGCCUCCAGAGUGGCCAGGAGGGCGUCACGGUGGGGUUUUGGCAAGUGCGAGCAACCAAGGCCAGCGUUAUCGCACCAGCAGCCACAAUUUAGAUAGCAAAAGACCGACAAACUCUAUCCCGGACAGAUUAGUUGAUGAAUUAUUGGCCACUGGUGACAAUUCCGCACAAACAAUUGAUCAUUUUGCGUUUCUGGCCAGUGGGGAGGGGGAGCCGGCAGUGCCGGGGGAGGAUUCGGACGAAGAAGAGACGGAAAGCUCCCAGGAAGCGCCUCAGAUUGAGGACUAUCAGGAGUCAGGAGAGGAAUAUGGCGACGGGAGUGCGCGUCCUGAUUGUAUUCUGGGUCCUGCGGAGAUUUACCUGUCCUGGUGGCUGAAGACAGACGGAAGCUUGAGAACGAGCGACUCUAGGAGACCAGAGAAUUCUCUCUUCCUGGACUUGUCUGCCAUGAGGCUCAGCGAGUCGAAGAUCUACGAGAAGAUCCGCAACAGACUUCAGGAGCGCCAGAUAAACAGCAUCCCCAUCGUUUUCCUCUCCGUGGCGAAGAAUGGACUGACGAGAAUCCCUUUCGACUCCUUGCAACUGGUCAAAGGGAGUCUCGAGUACCUCUCGCUGACCGGAAACACCCUGAAGAGUCUCGAGACUGCGCUAAACUUGCUUGUGGUCAAUUCCACCCAUCCGACCGUCUUCCCGAGGCUGGAGAAACUCAAGGAACUGGACGUGCGCGGAUGCGCCAUCGAGACGAUCGUCAGCGGCGCCUUCGAGGGACUGAUGAAGCUGGAGAAGCUGUAUCUCUCCCACAAUCGCAUCACUGAGCUCACGGCGGACACUUUCGCCCAUCUGCCGGUUCUCAUGCACCUGGACGUGUCCUUCAACACUCCCGAGCUCUGGCAGACGCCCGAUCACAUGACGGCGGCCCUAGAGAAGGCCAUCGGCGGUGUGCGCCUGGCGCUGGACACCUUUGCUGGUUUGGAGCAGCUCAACUUCCUGGAUUUCUCACACACGCGCGUGGAAGCGGCGAGCACGCACGCCUUCAGCCAGCUGCCCAGGCACGUGCAGCAGCUCAGCCUGUGUCACACGGGCGUGCAGAUCAUCGGCUACGGCAUGUUCAACGGCAUCAAUCUACAGGUGCUGGACAUCUCCGGCAAUCCUGCGCUCACGCACAACAUGCGCGCCAACACGUUCGAAGGUCUGGAGGACAAGCUGGAGAUCCUCUCCUUCCAGGAGUCCAACGUCAAGCAUCUGUCGUGGCUGCAGCACUUGCGCAAGCUACGCAUGCUGAUGCUGCGCGGCAACAACAUCAACCAGCUCAGCAACACGACGUUCCUCAACACGCCGCAACUGGAGAUCCUGGACUUGAGCAGCAAUCACAUCGGCAACUGGUAUCAGAAGGUCUUCGAGCACAACCGACUGCUGCGAAUACUUAAUCUGCGGGAGAACAACAUCAAUAUGAUGACGUCGCAGAUGCUGGACGACUUCGAGCGACUGGAGUUCCUGGGCAUCGGCAAGAACGACUUCAUCUGCAGCUGCAUCCUCAGGGAGUUCAUCGAUAUGGCGGCCAACAACAACCGCCCCAUCAACUGCACGUUCUACGUGAAUCCCAUGCCAGACAUCAACGACUUUCUCAUCCAGGAGGUCAUCCAGCAUUACCAUGACAACAUCGACGAGAAGAGGACCAGGAGAGCAGUGAACGCCAGGAGUCAGGACAAGGGAAGCGCCAUUCACGAGGCCACGCUGUCCAUCUACGAUCUGCCCUCGCGCAUGUACUACCAGUACGUGAAGUCCAUCAACAGUAGCUACGCGAACAUGAUCCUGGCCAAGAGGAAGUACGAUCUGUUGUACAUUUCCCAGGCGGAGUUCGAGCGCCUGGGCGCGGAGACGCAAGAAAACGGCUUCCGGGCGGUGGAGCUGAAGGAUGACGAGAACUGCACGAGUCAGAAGCCGCCGUCCGUCUAUCGCCGCUGUCCGCAACGCUUCCAGCCGCGCACCACCACGGAGAUCAUCUUUUCCUUCCAGUUGCUGGACUUCCAGGAGAACGACUAUCGCUGUAUCAACAGCAGCACGAAUCGCGAGCACUUCUUCUCGGAGAUCGAGAGCUGCUUGUCGGACAGAUCCAACUGGCCGAGCCUAGUGGACAGCCUGCGGCAGGCCAAUAAUUCCCUGGUCACAAUCCUGAUCGUGGCCUUCGUGCUGCUGACGGUGUUUUGCUUCGGUUAUUACAAAUGGUGGUACAUUCGCUACUUCCUCAUCAUCAUCAAGAAUGCCACGAUCCUCAGCUUCCUAGACAAAGAGAAGGAGAAGGUGCGCCAAGGCGCGGCUGAGGACGCCUUCACCUAUGACGUCUUUGUCAGCUUCUGCGACGAGAAUCGCGCGUGGGUCCUCGAGGAGUUGCUGCCCAAUAUCGAGUCCAGGCGCGAGAUCAGCGUCUGCAUGCACGAGCGCGACUUCCAGGUGGGCGUGAGUAUUCUCGAGAACAUCAUCUCCUGCAUGGAUCGCUCGCGCUGCCUCCUGCUCGUCAUCAGCCAGAGCUUCCUGCUCAGUCAGUGGUGCCAAUUCGAGAUGCACCUCGCGCAGCACAGACUCCUGGAGACGUGUCGAGAGCAACUGGUGCUCAUCCUGCUGGAGGACGUGCCCAAGCGGAAGCGCCCCAAGACGCUACAGUUCCUCAUGCGUACCAAAACCUACAUUCGUUGGCCGGUGCCCAGCAAGCGACGCCGGAAACGCCCGGAGGCCGACGAGAGCGCGCCCGACAAAUCGCUGCAGGAGGAGCGCAAGCUCUUCUGGAAGCGCCUGAGGCGCGCUCUCAUCACGCACGAGUGGGAGGGCGACUCUUCCACCGUCUAG